AUGUCGCAGCAUCUCACGCAAAUAACCAGUCUCGCCGAAUACGUGGCCUGCAUCAAGGUCACGGCAGGCAAAACCAUACUGCUGGCCUUCUGGCCGGGCGAUUCGACGUCGACACAAGUCAUCAAGGCGCUGCACAAGCUGCUCCCGCGCGAGAGCUAUGCGCAGCACGAGGUCGUCGACGCCUACUGCUUCGACAUGUACUCGCUCCCGGAGCUGGGCACCGAGCUCGAGGUGACGUUUGUGCCCAUGCUGAUGUUUUUCAACGACGGCGUCAUGGACCCGAUUGUGUGGCACGAGGGCGUGGCGAUGGAAGGCGAGAGCGUCGAGAAGGGCGUCAAGAGGGUUGUGGAUAGGGUCAAGGGCGCGGAGAUUGCGGGCGAGGGUAGUGAUGAUGAUUGGUAG